CCCUCCCAGGGGGUGGAAACACCUAUGGACUCGGGAUCACUAUAGGCCUCAGCUUCUGGUCCUCGGGGAGCCGCCCUGAGUCGGGGCCGGAAGGGAGAGCGUCACCAGGCCAUGCACUGGGCUGCCUUGGGGGAUACCGGCCCCUGGCAACCACCCCCCAGGUCCAGGCCGGCCUCUGUGACACGGGCUCCAUGGCGUUCACCGAGCUCCUGGAGAAGGUGGGCGGUGCGGGCCGGUUCCAGGUGCUGCAGACACUGGCGCUGGUGCUGCCCAUCACGUGGCUCACCACGCAGAACAUGCUGGAGAACUUCUCGGCCGCCGUGCCCGGCCACCGCUGCUGGGUGCCCCUCCUGGACAAUGGCUCUGCCCUGGCCAGUGGCCUGGGUCCCGAGGCCCUGCUCACCGUGUCCAUCCCACCCGGGCCCGGCCAGGGACCUCACCCAUGUCGCCGCUUCCGCCAGCCGCAGUGGCAGCUCCUGGAGUCCAACACCACGGCUGCCAACUGGAGCGAGGAGGCCACGGAGCCCUGUGCCGACGGCUGGGUCUAUGACCUCAGCACCUUCUCCUCUACCAUCGUGGCCCAGUGGGACCUGGUGUGUGACGCGCGGGCCCUGAGGCCUAUGUCACAGUCCAUCUACCUGACUGGGAUCCUGGUGGGGGCUGCCGUGUGUGGCCACGUCUCUGACAGGUUGGGGCGCCGCCUGGUGCUAAGCUGGAGUUACCUCCAGAUGGCGAUGGCUGGCACCGCGGCCGCCUUCGCCCCAUCCUUCCCCAUCUACUGCCUGUUCCGCUUCCUGGUGGCCUUCGCCGUGGCGGGCGUCAUGAUGAACACCGGUACCCUGUUGAUGGAGUGGACGUCGGCACACGCCCGGGAGCUGGCCAUGACCUGGAAUGGCCUGGGCUUCAGCUUCGGCCAGAUGCUCAUGGCCGCCUUGGCCUUCGGGGUGCGGGACUGGGCUUGGCUGCAACUGCUGGUCUCUGCCCCCUUCUUCCUCUACUUCCUGUACUCCUGGUGGAUGGCAGAGUCGGCCCGCUGGCUGCUCAUCAGCGGGCGGCUGGAGCGCGGGCUGCACGAGCUGAGGAGAGUGGCCGCCAUCAACAGGAAGCGGGCGGCGGAGGACGGGCUGACCGUGGAGGCCCUGCGGUCGGCCAUGCAGGAAGAGCUGAGCGCCGGGCAGGCGUCCACCAGCCUGCUCACCCUGCUCCGCACGCCCGGGCUGGGCUUCCGGACCUGUGUCUCCUCGCUGGGCUGGUUUGCCUUCGGCUUCACCUUCUAUGGCCUGGCACUGGACCUGCAGGCCCUGGGCAGCAACAUCUUCCUGCUGCAGGUGCUCAUCGGGGCAGUGGAUAUCCCGGCCAAGAUGGCCACCCUGCUGCUGCUCAGCCGGGUGGGGCGGCGGCCCACGCAGGCCGGGUCCCUGGUGCUGGCCGGGCUCUGCAUCCUGGCUAACACGUUGGUGCCGCAGGAGAUGGGGGCCCUGCGCUCUGCCCUGGCCGUGCUGGGACUGGCUGGGCUGGGGUCCACCUUCACCUGCGUCAUCGUCUACAGCGGCGAACUUUUUCCCACAGUGCUCAGGAUGACGGCGGUGGGCGUGGGCCAGAUGUCGGCCCGAGGGGGGGCCAUCCUGGGCCCGCUGGUCCGGCUGGUGGGUGCCCCCGGCUCCCCGCUGCCCCUGCUGGUGUACGGUGCCGUACCGGUGCUGAGCGGCCUGGCCGCCCUUCUGCUGCCCGAGACGCGGGGCCUGCCACUGCCCGACACCAUCCAGGACGUGCAGAGCCAGGCAGUGAAGAAGGCGGCACGGGCUAGCCCCGAACCCAGGGUCCUGAAAUGCACUCGCUUUUAGCCUGCUGGGAGAAGGCGGCAGGAGAGCCGAAGCCUGGGUCCCGGGGGACCCCCAGGGCCUGAACACCACAAGGGCAGAGCAUGGCCCAA